UGUGCUUCUAAAUAAUUAAGCACGGCCAUGGAAACAUCAUCAUCACCAUUACUGCCUCAGCCUGAGCAGCAACAGCAAGGGGAGACCACCCUGAGUAAUCCUGAAGCUGUAGCAAGCAGUACUAGUGGUAGUGCGUGGCAUUCUUCUGGGUCUAUUGGCCCAUUCUUUGCAGUGAUCUCUGUGCUGGCGGUUCUUGCGGUUCUUUCGUGCGUGUUGGGAAGGAUGUGGACCCGAGGCCGAGGGGCUGUUACUCCACUGGAAAGUAUGGGGGAUAGAGGCUGCUUCCGGUGGGUUAAGCGGAAGUGCCGGCAGUGUACGGUUGGUGCUGUUGAAGGUGGAGUGAAGAUGAUGGCUUUUGGCAAAAAAAGAGACAAUGGUGAUCAGGUUCAACAUCCCCCACAGGUUUAAUUUUAUGGUAUCGGAUUCUUUUGGGCUUUCAAUUUUUUGUGGCCUAAGAGACCCUGAAUUAUCCUUUACUUCUUAAGUCACAUUUCAAUGGUAAAUCGAGCGUAGGCCCACUACAGAAAACUGCGGCCCGUUGUCCAUGCUAGUAGGCCCACUACUUAGACUUCGAUUGGGCCGCUCAAAAUGAGAUGUAUCUACUGCUACAAUUGAUUCAAUUUUCACCGAAUAUAUUUAUGUACAUCUUUAAUAGGAAUGUACAAACAGGGCGGUUAUUAACUGCUAAUAA